AUGACUGAGGAGAAGAAGGCAAUUGUUAGGGAUCUCGGAUUUGGUGGGUUGAUGCAUGUCCCACCUCUAAGGGUGGAUCACCAACUCUUAAGGGAACUGGCAAACAACUUCAAACUUGGGGAGAACAGACUGAAGACAGGAUAUGGUUCUUUCCAAAUAACACCAAAAACAAUAGGUCAUGCGCUUGGCAUCAAUGCAACAGGAAAUCUGUUUCCUGAGAAAGUUGAGUAUAAGCAACUUUCUGAUGAUGACAAAAUAAUUUAUAGAAGAUUCCAGGGUAAGACCCUCAAAAGUCUUACCGAUGAAAUGAUGGAAAUCGGCGUUGGCAACGAAGAGGAACGCCUGAUGUUCAAGAGGAUAUUCAUCCUCUACAUACAGAUGGUGUUCCUUUUGCCAACGACGAUAAACAAAAUAUCACCCGUGCACCUGACCCCAAUUUUUAAGAUGGACGGCAUAUCGGAGAGAAACUGAGGGGGCAUGUUUUGACCUUCAUGAUCAAGGGCAUCACAGACUACCAGGAGAAGAAGAAGAAGGCAAUUGAUGGCUGUCUCUUCGCCCUGAUGAUAAUAUACUUUCAUCUUUCAGAAAACAAAGGCAAGAAGAGGGCUGAAAGACCACCAAAGCCCUGGAUUGCCAACUGGACUAAGGAGCAGUUGGUGGAAAGAAUGACUGCAGAA